AAUGUUGUGGGCGGGGCUAAGUUCGGUCUGGUAUCCAGGCUACUGUUUCCAUCAACCUUAGUCGCAUUAUAACCUAUGUAACUUGGCAGUUAAUCCAAACCCUUCUAGCGAAUAGAUUUCUUAUUCAACUUAGAUUUUAUGUGAAUUUCAAGCACGUCCACUCAAAAUUUGCAUUAAAAAGUUGGAUGGAAACCCAGCUUAUAUUUGUUGCCUUCAGGAAUAUGUACCACUUGGUUGAUUGAAGGCUAAAGGUUGGCCCAAGGUGCAAUCACUGGAGUGACUUGAUAAUGAAAUAAAAAGCAUGUGAGUGUCAUCUUGAGACAAGUUACAUAACUUUUUAAUGAUUUUACAGAGCUCAGCACUUUCCCUGUGGAAUGCAGAUACAUUAUGUGUGACAUGGACACAUGACAUGGGCAUGGUGUGCCUCUGGACAUUGAGCCAGUGAUUUGCAUGUUACAGUUCAGAUAUUCAGACGUAUGUCCUUUCUGUACAGGUGAAAAACGAUUAGGCUUUUUGCUUCUUAUCAAUCCCCAAACUCAUAAACAGUGUCAGCUGGACUUGGCUGACCUCUGUUUUCUGUAAUGUGUCAAUGUUCUAUCAAGUGUGUGUGGUGCAGUAAAGGCAUUCCCCCGCCUCAACAGUGCUGUGCUGUUUCUAUAGUGCAGGCUCAGUUUGGAAAAGGAAGCUGGUAAAUGUUUGAUGUUAGUGGAUGUUACUUUGAAUAGGUAAUUUUGCUCCAAGACACUUAUGUUGGCUAAGGGGUGUUUUGUGUCACCCUUCUAAAAUGUUCAUCUUCUUCUUCUUCUUCUUCUUCUUCUUCUUCCUUUUUUCUGACUUGAGAUUCAGUUUACUCUUCCAUUUGAGCAAACACUGACUGUGUUCAAUUGGAGUCUAGCUGAGAGCGUCGCUUGGUUGUUUUUCGGAUUUUCCUUUAGUUUUUGUCUGCUGUGUUAUGUGUGUUUGUCUGCUGUGUUAUGUGUGUUUUGUCUGCUGUGUUAUGUGUGUUUGCAAUAUAGAGUGUAUCAGUGCUUUGUGGCCCAACUAAUAAACCAAUCUAUUAUUAUUUUUGUUUGUUUUGUUAAGCUUUUGUUUUGUUAAGCCACACCUUCACGGCUUUCUAACUAGUCCUUUAAAUUCACCUUGAAGUUUUGGCCAAGGCUGCCAAGGCUGUUUUAUAAAGGAGAAAUCUGUUAUGUCAUCACUGGAUAGAGAAGCCCUCUGCAGCCUCAGGCCGGCUCUUUCCUCCUGACACCGGUUGGCCCUCGAUUACUCGUGACUUAUUUUUCAAGGUGCACUACACUGGGCCUGGGUCUCUCCGAUGUAUGGCACUGAGCUGAGACCUUGGACUUACUCCUCUCUUCCUGACGGCACCGCAGAAGUGAGCAAUGCAGUGGCCUUGAGCAGAGGAGACACGGCAACACUCUUGGCUAAAGCAAGAUGUCGUCAGCCCCUGGGAAUGGAGUUGAAGGGUCACGCAACUCCAGUGGAGAGAAAACUUACAAAAAGACCACUUCAUCGGCACUGAAGGGAGCCAUCCAGCUGGGCAUUGGCUACACAGUGGGGAAUCUUACGUCCAAACCCGACAGAGAUGUGCUCAUGCAGGACUUCUACGUGGUGGAGAGCGUCUUCCUGCCCAGUGAGGGGAGCAACCUCACCCCAGCCCACCACUACCCUGACUUCCGCUUCAAGACCUAUGCACCCAUGGCGUUCCGAUACUUCCGGGAGCUCUUCGGGAUCAAGCCGGACGACUAUCUGUACUCCAUCUGUAAUGAGCCACUGAUUGAGUUGUCUAACCCUGGAGCCAGUGGAUCACUCUUCUACCUGACCAGCGAUGAUGAGUUCAUCGUCAAAACCGUCCAGCACAAAGAAGCAGAGUUCCUACAGAAACUACUUCCAGGUUAUUACAUGAAUUUGAACCAGAACCCUCGCACACUUCUGCCCAAGUUUUACGGGCUGUACUGUGUGCAAUCAGGCGGCAUCAACAUCCGGUUGGUGGUGAUGAACAAUGUCCUGCCCCGCGCUAUUAAGAUGCACUACAAAUAUGACCUGAAAGGCUCUACAUACAAGCGAAGGGCCUCCAGGAAAGAGCGGGAAAAGGCCUGCCCCACCUACAAGGACCUAGACUUCCAGGACAUGCAUGAGGGCCUGUAUUUCGACGCUGAGACCUACAACGCUCUGAUAAAGACCCUGCAGCGAGACUGUCGGGUGCUAGAAAGCUUUAAGAUCAUGGACUACAGCCUGCUGCUGGGGGUGCAUGUGCUGGACCACAGCCAAAAGGAGGGGGGCGAGACGGGCCAGGUGGCGGUGGACGGCAAACGCCCUCUGGGCCAGAGGGUGCUCUACUCCACGGCCAUGGAGUCCAUCCAGGGGGACGGCAAGGCGGCCGAGGCCGUGACCACAGACGACACAAUGGGUGGAAUUCCUUGCAAAACACAUAAGGAUGAGAAGCUGCUUAUUUUCCUUGGAAUUAUCGACAUUCUGCAGUCCUACAGGUUUAUGAAGAAGCUGGAGCACUCGUGGAAAGCCCUGGUCUAUGAUGGGGACACUGUGUCGGUGCACCGGCCAGGUUUCUACGCAAACAGAUAUCUGAAGUUCAUGAGCACUAGAGUGUUCCGUAAAAUACAAACUGUCCGGUUCUCCCCCUCCAAACGGACGCGCCACUCUAUAGCAGCCUUGAAGUCAUCCUCACAGGAGAUCCUGUCCUCCCAGAACAAGGAGAAGAAUGACGAGAGGACGGAGCGACUGGGUGGGGCCCGAAGCCUGGCCAGUUUGGAUGGACAAGUUUUUGACUCCUACGCCCGCCCUGACCUGGUCCCAGUCACGCCGUCCCUGUAUGAGGCUUCGUCCAUGGGCACCACCAUCUCAUCCUCAUCCAUCUUCGUCAGUGAGCAAUACCUGGACAACAACUCCAAGGACGGGGACGAUGCGGCGUCGAGCUCCACCUUCACAUUGGAGGACAGCGCCAUCUGCUUGACAUCAGAGCAAAGCACAAUGGACAUGGACAGAGAUGAUGGGUCUUUUGAUAUCUACUUAUGAGAUGUCAUAAGACACAGACCAUUAUCACUGCGCUUUUAUUCAAUCAUCUGAUGGUUGCGACUCUUCUCUGGUGAAGCAGAUGUUCCCGACACCACAACACUACGCUGCUCCGCUCCAUCCAUCUACUCAGCUGUCGAGAGAUGGCAUGCCAUUCCUUGCCUUUUGUCAAAAUAAACACCCGGGGGGAAAUGACACCUGAUGCAGAGGUGUGAGAAAUACAUGGGAAAUAUAAACAUUCAUGACAUCCAUUCCAGACAUGAAGAAGUCAAUGUACCUCUUCCUCCUCCUCCUCCUCAUCUUCCUCCUCCUCCCCCCCAGGACGAUGUACAUGACUGAUGUUGCAUUUGAAAGCUGUAAAGACUCACUGAUGUGUGCAUUACCUGAUAUCCACACAGAGCCAAAUUGUGAGGCUGGUGUGAUACAUUCUGCCCAUUUCAUCCAAAGUCAAGCAGAGGGAAGUGACAGAGACAAACUUCUUCAUGGGUUAGAGGCUGCCUAGACAAAUGACUGUGUGACUGGAUCUUUGAGCGCUAGGAAGCAGGUUGGAAUAGAAGGGUGGUGCUCAUCACCCCCCUUCCCAAAUGGCACUUUUUCUGUAAGGAUAGUAUGUAUGUAUUAAACAUAGUCUCAUAUAUUUGGUUUAGGUGAUUUGCCAAGCCUGAACUCUUUCAAUGAGAACGCACAUUUAAACAUAUAUGUAGUAUGUGCAUUGUUGUGUUCAUUUUUGUCAAUAACACAAUGAGACAAUGAAGAAUAACUGUUGACUUUUAGAUGAAUAAAGAAUGUUUUGGGGUGAGGGUGUCAUGACUGAAAAUGCAUUUUCUCAGGAUAUCCUUUUCAUAUUUCUGCAUCCUGUUUAUUGCUUAAAGAUAAGUGAUAGGCUAGUGUACCGUGUUCAGCUCCGCAGCUGAUCUGUUUCUAGAGAGAUCAUAUCAAAGUUAUCUCUUUGAAUUCUAUAAUUGCACAUGUGUUGGUUUUAAGACCAUAAUUUAUUAAAUCACUGUCAAAACACAAA